GGGAAGGGGGAAGUCAAACGGUCUGUAGCGGGGAAAUCCGGCUUCUCCUCACCUCUUUCCUUCUGAGUCCCCAGGUUCUUAUCCGAUAACAUCUCCGGGGGCAGUAGGAGCAGGUCCCGGGGCCGCACGGAGCUUCCCGACCCGAUACAGACACGAGCUGUCCCGGCGGACCCCCACGCUGCGGGGCAGUUGGUUUCUCCCCAGUCUGGGCUGCGCUUCGCUCGCUCUCGGGAUCACUCGGCUGCUGCUCCGGCACCGGAUCGUGCCCCAUGGAUUGUCUGUAGCGACUGUGACUAUGGCCCGGGGAUCCCUCCUGCUCCUCCCGCUGCUCCUCCUGCUCCUCUCGCCCCUCACCCGGGCUCUGGAAGAAACCUUAAUGGAUUCAACAACAGCGACGGCAGAGCUUGGCUGGACAGUACGACCAACGUCGGGGUGGGAAGAGGUAAGUGGAUAUGAUGAGAACAUGAACACCAUCAGGACCUACCAGGUGUGCAACGUAUUUGAGGUGAAUCAGAACAACUGGUUGAGGACCAAGUACAUCCGCAGGAGAGGGGCGCACAGGAUUCACGUGGAGAUGAAGUUUUCCGUACGGGACUGUAGCAGCAUUCCCAACGUUCCCGGCUCCUGCAAGGAGACCUUCAACCUCUAUUACUAUGAGUCCGACUUCGACUCGGCCACCAAAACCUUCCCCAGUUGGAUGGAGAACCCUUGGGUCAAGGUGGACACCAUUGCGGCAGACGAGAGCUUUUCCCAGGUGGAUCUUGGGGGGCGAGUGAUGAAAAUUAAUACUGAGGUGCGGAGUUUUGGGCCCGUCUCCAAGUCCGGAUUCUACCUGGCCUUCCAGGACUAUGGGGGGUGCAUGUCCCUCAUCGCUGUCAGGGUCUAUUACCGAAAGUGCCCCCGGAUUAUCCAGAAUGGGGCCAUCUUCCAGGAGACUCUGUCUGGGGCCGAGAGCACCUCACUUGUGGCUGCCCGGGGCAACUGUAUCCCCAACGCCGAGGAGGUGGAUGUGCCCAUCAAGCUCUACUGUAACGGGGACGGCGAAUGGCUCGUUCCUAUUGGUCGAUGUCUCUGUAAAGCCGGAUACGAGUCAGUGGAGAACGGCACAGUCUGCCGAGCCUGUCCCAGUGGGAUGUUCAAGGCCAAUCAGGGAGACGACAGCUGCCUCCACUGUCCAAUCAACAGCCGCACCACCUCCGAGGGGGCCACCAACUGUGUGUGCCGGACUGGCUACUACCGGUCUGACUCAGACCCACUACAGAUGCCCUGCACUACGAUCCCGUCGGCCCCCCAGAAUGUCAUCUCCAGUGUGAAUGAGACCUCCCUGAUGCUGGAAUGGGCACCACCCAGAGAUUCGGGGGGCAGAGAAGACCUUGUGUACAAUAUCAUCUGCAAGAGCUGUGGUUCGGGCCGAGGAGCUUGCACUCGCUGUGGAGAUAACGUGCAGUUUGCCCCACGCCAGCUGGGACUGAUGGAACCCCGAGUUUAUAUCAGUGAUCUGUUGGCUCACACCCAGUACACAUUUGAGAUCCAGGCGGUUAAUGGGGUCACUGACCAGAGUCCCUACUCCCCCCACUUUUCCUCAGUGAAUAUCACCACCAACCAAGCAGCUCCAUCCAGUGUUUCCAUCAUGCACCUUGUGACCCGCACAAUCGACAGCAUCACCCUGUCCUGGUCCCAACCCGACCAGCCCAACGGCAUCAUCCUCGACUACGAGCUCCUCUAUUAUGAGAAGGACCUGACUGAGCACAACUCAUCAGUGGCCAAAAGCUCCACCAAUACGGUGCUGGUGCCGGGCCUGAGGGCGGGGACUAUAUACGUGUUCCAGGUGCGGGCGCGCACGGUGGCAGGAUACGGGCGAUACAGCGGCAAGAUGUACUUUCAGACUAUGACCGAAGCCGAAUACCAGAGCAGCUUCCAGGAGAAACUCCCGCUCAUCAUUGGCUCGUCGGCCGCUGGACUGGUCUUCCUCAUCGCUCUCGUAGUCAUCAUCAUCGUCUGCAGCAGAAGACGAGGCUUUGAGCGUGCCGACUCGGAGUAUACGGACAAGUUGCAGCAUUAUACCAGUGGCCACAGUACGUACCGACUGCCCUCCCCCGGGCUCGGCUCCCGCUCUCUCGUUGUGACCCCAGGGAUGAAAAUUUACAUUGACCCUUUCACUUACGAGGAUCCCAAUGAGGCUGUGCGGGAGUUUGCUAAAGAGAUUGAUAUCUCCUGCGUGAAGAUUGAGCAAGUCAUUGGUGCAGGAGAGUUCGGGGAGGUUUGCAGUGGGCAUUUGAAGCUGCCAGGGAAGAGGGAGAUGUUUGUGGCCAUUAAGACGCUGAAGUCGGGGUACACGGAGAAACAGCGGCGAGACUUCCUGAGUGAGGCGAGCAUCAUGGGACAGUUUGAUCACCCCAACGUCAUCCACCUGGAGGGGGUCGUCACCAAGAGCUCCCCCGUCAUGAUCAUCACUGAGUUUAUGGAGAACGGAUCCCUGGAUUCCUUCCUGCGGGUAUUCUCCUGGGUUUUUACCAGUUAUGAGAUGCCCGGCGGCACAGACGGGCGCAUGUGGGUAGCGCCAUAUAAACAUUGUUACCCUUGUGUUUUUCAGCAAAACGAUGGGCAGUUCACAGUGAUCCAGCUGGUGGGCAUGCUGAGGGGCAUUGCUGCUGGCAUGAAGUACUUGGCUGAUAUGAACUAUGUGCACCGAGACUUGGCCGCCCGCAAUAUCCUGGUGAACAGUAACCUGGUGUGUAAAGUGUCCGACUUUGGUUUGUCCCGAUUCCUGGAGGAUGAUACGUCCGACCCGACUUAUACCAGCGCCCUGGGGGGCAAGAUCCCCAUUCGCUGGACGGCGCCAGAAGCCAUUCAGUACCGGAAAUUCACGUCGGCCAGUGACGUUUGGAGCUACGGAAUAGUCAUGUGGGAGGUGAUGUCCUAUGGAGAGAGGCCUUACUGGGACAUGACCAAUCAGGACGUUAUUAACGCCAUCGAACAAGACUACCGCCUGCCGCCCCCUAUGGACUGCCCCAAUGCCCUGCACCAGCUCAUGCUCGACUGCUGGCAGAAGGACCGCAACCACCGGCCCAAGUUUGGCCAAAAUGUCAACACGUUGGAUAAAAUGAUCCGAAACCCCAACACGUUAAAGGCUGUAGCACCGCUGUCUUCAGGAGUGACCCUCCCCCUGCUGGACCGCACCGUGCCCGACUACACCAGUUUCAGCAGCGUAGACGAGUGGUUGGACGCCAUAAAGAUGGCGCAGUACAAGGAGAGCUUUGCCAACGCCGGAUUCACCUCCUUCGAUGUCGUAUCACAGAUGAGUAUGGAGGAUAUUCUGCGGGUUGGGGUGACAUUGGCCGGGCACCAGAAAAAGAUCCUGAACAGCAUCCAGGUGAUGAGGGCACAGAUGAACCAGAUCCAGUCGGUGGAAGUUUGAUUGGCGCUUCCUCCUCCUCACACUUCCUUCCUCUAGUUCCGAGCCUUCCCGCCCCUUCCUGGUAUCGACCAAUCAGGAGCAACUUGUCACCCGCAGAGGAUCCCACGUCACAAAGUUCCCACCUGGCGUGCAGAGCACGGACCACUUUCCCACGGGUGGAGGAUCGGGGGGCGGCGGCACAAUAGGAUUUUUUACUGAUUUGUUAAAUGAAAUAACGAGGGGAAUAAAAGGGCUGAAGGCGCGGGGGGCACAGCAAGUGGUACGUGCCAUGAACUGAGCGGCCUGGGCACAAGGGACAUGAAUAUUAAGAACCAUCCUUGUGCCGCAGAGCUUGCAAUUGUCAGAGGGCACGGGGGUACAGUUUUACCAUGAAAUGGACUGAUCUCAUGGGGAGCAAAUGGUACAGAGACGAUUCCUGCUCUCCUGCGCCAAUGGUACGUUCUGCAGGGCCCAAGACCACACCCCCAGUGACAUCAUACAUAUCGUGUGCACAAGAGCCAGUGAUGUCACUGGUGGAGGCGUGUACAAUUGUCCAACUGUCCCCCACGUCUCAGACUCCGCCCUCCUUUGUUUACACCAAUUGGACUUUUUUUUAAACUUGUUUUUAAACCUUGGAACUGACCCAAGGAAAUUGCUUAAAAAACUGACAAAAAGAACAAAAAAAAAACCUGAAUGGGCUCCAAUGAGCGGUUCCACCCCGGACCAAUCAGCAGCUAAGCAUCUGUCUUCUCCAUUUCUAUUGGCUGCUGGUUAAUCCGUUCCUACUGGGAGAUACUGGUGCCCAGCAGAGUGGGGCGUGCACCCCAUUAUUAGGCAUCUAGUGUUUAUUAUAUAAGCUUCUCAAUGGCAUGAUGAACCCCAGGGGUGGCACAGCCUUAUUGGGCUCCUACUGACCUCCCCAUACAGGCACUUUACUGAGCUACUGGGCCCCCCAUUGUAUCAGUACAGACAUCCCCAGACUGCUCCCUACAAUAAUGGGGGGCCAUUUAGUCAUGUCCCUGUAGUCAAAAGAACAUGGUGCAUGUUGGGUUAAUUCAUUCAGUACCAGCCCCCCGUACACUGAACCCCCAUAACACAAGUCUUGCCCCUGAGACUGCAAUAUAAUGGGGGGGCAAUUAAUUGCACCAAUGACACUGUAGCUUAGGGGGGUCACAUUACCCACAAGGCAAGUGCACGGAGCAGAGACGUCGGGAUCCCAAUACUGGUACCAACUAUACCCCCCCCUGGUCAGUAUUUACUGUACCACCAUCACCAGGAUACGAAGGGGGGGUGGCAGGUGAUUUCACCCUAAUUGGACAAAUCAGGAGCUGGUGACAAUCAAGUGUCAGAGCUAAUGGGGAUUCUGAUUGGUGCCCUCAUUUGAAUAUGAAUGAGAUGGGAGGAGCCAAUCUGAGAGAUUCCUGUACAAACUCUAUAAUAGAAAUGGACUUAAUUUAUUGUUUAUAGGGGCAGUUUCUUUGCUCCUUCACCUUAUUGGGGCCCAACAUCUUGCUCCCCAAAAUCUUCUGCUGUCCCCCUAUAACCCACUGCCCCCCAGGAUUCCUGUUGUCCCAGUGCCCCCCAGGAUCUCCUGUUGUCCCCCUAUAACCCACUGCCCCCCAGGAUCUCCUGUUGUCCCCCUAUAACCCACUGCUAGGGUUGCCACCUUUUCUGGAAAAAAAUACCGGCCUUCCUAUACUCUUGCCUUUUUCCCUAUAAAUAACAUUGGGAUCAGUCAUUGUUUUUACCUGCCAGGUGACAACCCUACCCACUGCCCCCUGGAAUUUCCUGCUGCCCCCCAAUAACCCACUAUCCCUGGCACCCAAGACACCCUGCACCCUCUGUAUGGACUAUGGGACACAGUUGGGCAGUUGCUGGGGGCAGACAGUGGGGGGGAGUCCAUUUGCCCCAGUUACCCCCAAUGUUAGAGCAAUACGUUUCCUGAAUUAACCCCUGAGUGCCAAGGACACUGUCUGUGCUAAGCCUGUGUGGCCCCAGCAAGUAGAAGAGAGAAUAUUUUGGAGAGUUGACUAUUUUUCCAAAUAUCACCCCCCCCAUCUGCGCCCCCUGCUGAGCAGCCCCCCACUAUUCACAUUACUGCUAAAUCCCUGCGUUGCUUUUUUGGACUUGGGACUCCUGUGUGGCCAAUCACCCCCAGUACCUAAAGCCCAGAACCCACUGAGCCAAAUCCCCUCAGUUCUCACCAGAGUCAGACUAGGCCCCCCCAGGGUCCAGACACCCCCCACACCCCACUCUCAUAUGGAGACGGUGCCAAAUGGUGGGGGGUAAGACUGAAAGGGAAUCUGAGCGGCACCACCAAUUAACUGUGAAAUGUCCAGGAACCAUUUUACUUUUGCAGCGUUUGGGUCGGUCGGUUCUGCUCCCCCCCCCCCCCCCGGCACAUGGAUCUGGGGCAGUGCAGCUGUAAUUGGGCUUGAGAGAGGGGCAUUUAUAUUGAGUGUUUCCCCUUGUCAUGGUUCAGCUCAGACCCUCCCCCUGGGGGGUGACUUUGGACCUAGUCUCCCCUUUGUGUCCCUGGUUCUGUCCAGUUGGGUGUUGCCUCCAGUCCAGUGUUUACAGAUUUGAAUGGUGCUCCAGACCCAAACUCUGUAUAUAAAGUCCAAGGUGCCCCGUUGCUUUCUCUUCGCUUAGUUGCCCCAGGAAUGGGAACGUUUCAUUGUGCUGGUUCUGUUGGACUUCACACCCACUCACCUCAGCUUCUCGACCCGCAUGGGAGGGACUUCAGCCUCUGUCGGGUCUCACCAGCAUUUGCCAAGAGAAGAACCUGUUUGCACUUCACCCGCGGGCAAUAAAGUGGGUCAUAACCAAUGGACCGGCCGGUUCUGUGCACUGGAACGAAUCAUCUUCCUAUUGGUUCCGGCCGAUUUCUUCCUCCUCAUUUGUACUUUGUGUCCCAACUCGGCCAACACUGUGACUUUUCCCAGGAAAAUGAACCAGAACUGGUAGCAGUCCCUCUUGUCAAUAGCUGAAAUAAAUACUUUGCUAAUAAAGACGCCCUUUAUUGUGUAAGUCCUGGGUGCUGUGGCCUCAGGGACCCCCGACAUGUUCUGAACCCCCCGACAUGUUCUGAACCCCAACUCUACUCGACCCAUUAUUUGUCCUUGGGAAACGGAUGGUUCUGGCAGAACUUGUAGCUUUUCCUUAGUUGGGUCACUGGUGGGGGUUCUGCUAUAAAUAAGAAUCUAUUCCCAUGGCUGGACUGAGAUUUCCCCCCACAGUAAUAAGACCUUCCUAUGUUGUAGCAUCUGGGGCCCCCCAGCAUUCCAUACGGGAGAGAACUCCAAGGGGGGACAGUCAGGGGUAGAUUUUACAAAAAGGGUCCCUGUGCCCCCAGGGUGUAAAUGGUGAGUGGGACAGAGGGAACAGGGGGCCAAUCACUUUUCAGCCAAUGGAGAGACAGGAGCUUCCAUGGGGCGUGGCCACUAGACGCGUGUUCAUGAAUAAACUGUGACUUUUCUCA